GAGUUCAACUUCAGCACAAGAUAGGAGCCUCAAAAAUGAAUCGUUUGCUGUUCGCUCUGACUGUUGUCGUUCUGAUGGCUGCACAUGCUUUUGCUUUAAAAUGUUAUGUCUGCGAGGGUACUGAAGACGCAUGUAAGAAGAGCAAGUUGGAGGCAGACAAAGCCAACUUUUUAAGGACGUGUUUGGUCGGCGAUAGAUGCAUCAGACAUUGGUAUAAAGCCGAAGAUCACGUUGCCUUGGUUUUGAGUGGAUGUACUUACCAAUCGCUCUGUGACACCAGAAAGACCGCUUGUGAAAAAUUGGAAGAUGCUCGGAAGGACUACCAUUGCGCGAUUGGCUGCUGUUCUGAAGACGGAUGUAACACAAGCUCACAUUUCACUGCCAGCACCAUCCUGUUGGUCGUUUCCUCUGUCUUGGGCCUAGCACUGCUGAAUUAAGCCGUGGAAGGCUUUAC